AUGGCAAUGAACGACAGCGUUAAUAUCUUGAACUCUGCUUAUCUGGCAGUAGAAUAUAUAGACUCUUUCUUGCCUGACAAUCCCCUGCAGCAGCCAUUUAAAAAUGCCUGGAAUUACAUGCUGGAUAAUUAUACGAAGUUCCAGAUUGCAACUUGGGGAUCACUUUUAGUUCAUGAAGUUUCAUACUUCUUGCUCUGUGUGCCUGGAUUUGUUUUUCAGUUUAUACCGUACAUGCAAAAAUACAAAAUUCAGCAGGAUAAACCAGAAACAUGGGAAAAGCAGUGGAAAUGUUUCAAAACACUUCUCUUCAAUCACUUUUUCAUUCAACUUCCUCUGAUUUGUGGCACCUAUUACUUCACAGAAUAUUUUAACAUCCCCUAUGAGUGGGAAGAGAUGCCUAGAUGGUAUGUUCUGGUUGCCCAGUGUUUUGGAUGUGCAGUGAUUGAGGAUGCCUGGCACUAUUUCCUGCACAGACUGCUGCAUCACAAGAGAAUAUACAAGUAUAUCCAUAAGGUUCACCAUGAAUUUGUUUCUCCAUUUGGAAUGCAAGCAGAAUAUGCACAUCCUCUGGAAACGCUUAUCCUCGGAGCUGGGUUUUUUAUUGGAAUUGUUGUUUUCUGUAACCACGUGGUUCUUCUGUGGGCAUGGGUGAUAUGUCGCUUGAUGGAAACCAUUGAUGUACACAGUGGCUAUGAUGUUCCACUGAACCCUCUUCAUUUGGUGCCUUUCUAUGCUGGUGCUCGUUUUCAUGAUUUCCAUCAUAUGAACUUCAUUGGAAAUUAUGCUUCAACCUUUACAUGGUGGGACAGGAUCUUUGGUACAGACUCUCAAUUUAUUGCCUAUAAAGAAAAAGAGAAGAAGCAGCAACUCACAAUGAAGAAGAAGGCUAACUAA